UCGGUUCUAACGUUGCCGCUCCAGUUGCCACCGCAAGUCAGCGCUUCGUCAGUCGCGGCCACCUAUCGCCAACUGCCCGUCGCUCUGUCUCUAGUCAGCUUCACCUGUCGCCUGUCGCCUGUCGCAAAUUGCCCGUCGCCCGUCCGUCGCCCGUUGUCCGUCGCCGCUAACCUGACGUCAUGAUGGACGUCAGCACAAUCGAGGACGCCCUCUCCCGCCUCGUUAAGAGGCACGCCGCCGUACGCGCUAAGGAGCUCGCGCUGCUCGAUAAGGUGCAGCACGCUCUGGCGCAGGCGCAGGCGGCGCUUGAGGCGGAGCUGCAGGCGGAAAGGUCCGCGGAACACGCGGGGGGAGUGGCGGAGCGCGGGGAGAAGGAGGAAACCAUCGGUACGAGUGCUGACGUGGCCAUGGACGUCAGCGAUGGCGUCAGCAAGCCUAGAAGCCCCAGCGCUAGUCUCAGCAGCAACCCUAGCUGCCGAGCCGCUGCGUCGAGCCUAUUGUCGAGGCUCGGCGGCCUAGGUCCGGAGAAGGAGGUGGCAGCGCUGCACAAGGAGCUCCACGGGGCUGUGGCUCGGCUGAGCAAGGCGGUGGAGCGCGAGAAAGACAAGGGCACGUUCGUUGCUGAUAUCGGAGGUGCUUAUAGGGAGGCCGUGCGGUUCGACCGCGAUAUAGUCAACAGGGAGAUCGCGAAGCACUUAUAUCGAGAGGGGCUGUUCGAUAUAGGGGACGCUUUUGUGACAGAGGCGGGGCUGGGGAAAUCGGGGCGAGGGGAGGGGGAGGAGGAGGAGGAGGAGGCGGAGGAAGGGGAGAUGCGGGAGAGGGAUGAGGGCGAGGACGAGGGGGAGCGGAUGGAUGAGGAGGGAGUGGGGGAGGGGGGGCAGGGGAAAGGGGAAGAUCCCGCGGACGUAGAGGCGGGGGGGGGUGGUGCAGGGGGAGGUGGGGAGCGGGGAGGGAGGCUGUGGGGGGAGGGUGUCUCGGGGGAGCCCAGAGUGGGUCGCCUGUCGUGGUCGGCGCGCAGGAGAAUGGCGUCCAGUGGGGGUGGGGGAGGGGGUGAUGGGGGGGCAGCUGGGGCAGGAGGGGGUGGGGCAGGCGGGGGCAGGGCGACAGGAGGCACUGAGAGCAAGGCAGGAGGGGCACUGGGCGCGGCAAGCAGGGCGGUGGGCGGGGUGGGAGGGGUGGGCGCGGGUGUGAGUCUGCAGGAGCAUCGGCGGAGGUACGGCGCCAUGCAUGCCAUUCUGCAUGCCAUCCGAGCCAAGGAUCUAGGUCCGGCGCUGGCUUGGGCGGCGCAGCAUCGGGAGGAGCUGCAGCGGGAAGUUGCUGGGGGGUUUCCUGAUGUGAAGAUAGGAGGAGGGGUGGUGGGGAAAGGGGAGGGGGGAGGGGGCGAUGGAGGGAAGGGGGUGGGUGGAGGGCUAAAGACAAGCUCUCUGGAGUUUGAAAUACAUCGACUGCAGUUUCUGAAUCUUUUACAGGAGCAGCAGAAACAGCUUAUAUUGAAGCAGCAGCAGCAACAGAAGGGAGGCUCGUAUUUUGACUCUGUUUCUUUCGCCAGCGCCACCAAUGACGACAGCAAUGGCCAAUCACGGCCUGCCACCUCCGCAGCCCUCCAGUACGCGCGUCAGCAUUUCCCACCGUUUGCCGCCACCCAUCUUCCCGACAUCCAGCGCCUCAUGUCCGCUCUCCUCUGGAUCGGGCGGCUGCAUUUGUCCCCAUAUGCCGACCUCCUGCCGCUCACUGCUGCCCACUGGGAUCAGAUCGCUGCCCGGUUCACCGCAGACUACUGCGCCGUGGAGUGCCUAGAAUCCAGUGAAAGCCCAUUGGCGGUCGUGGUGGCUGCGGGCGGCGAGGCGCUCCCAAUGCUGACAAAACUCGCCGCCCUGCUGAACCAUAGCAGCGGCAUCGCGGGGGGAGCAGGGGGGCGAGCAGGAGAAAGCAGCACUGCUGCUGCUCACACCACCACUGCUGCUGGCACGUUUGCCAGCACUGCUACCGCUACUGCUGGCACUGCUGGUGCCGCUGCUGGCACUACCAGCAGUACGAGGAGGGUGACUCGCGACUGGCAGGGCGUGCAGCAGCUGCCGGUGGAGAUCGAGCUGCCCCGCGCCUUCCACUUCCACUCCAUCUUCGCCUGCCCUGUGUCUCGAGAACCAGCUGCCUACCCUGACAACCCCCCCGUGCUGCUGCCGUGCGGCCACGUGGUGUGCCGGGUCUCGGUGCUGAAGCUGGCCAAGGGGGCCACCAGGCCAUUCAAGUGUCCCUACUGCCCCCUGGAAACCACGCCCCUUGAUUGUAGGCCCAUCCAGUUCUAGGGUGUUCAGUCUCCCCUACUGCCUGCGCACCCCACCCCCACCACAACGAACCCGACAACACCCUCGUGCUGCUGCCUUGUGACCAUGUGGUGUGCUGCGUGUCUGUGCUCCAGCUCACGGAUGGAGACUCGAGUUCGUGCAAGUGCCACUGUUGUCCUCCCCUUGCGACUACUCCCCUCGAUUGCAGGCCACUUCAGUUCUACGGUGCUCCAACCAUCUCGCCUCCUCCUGCCUUCCCCCAAUCGCCACCCACCCGGACAAACUCCCCGAGCUCCUGCCGUGCGGCCACCGGCCACGUGGAGUGUCGCGUGGCCGUGCUCAAGCAGGCUAAAGAGGCCACCCGCCCGUUCAAAUGCCCCUUCGCCCUCCGAAAACCACGCCGCUAUAUUGCCGGCCCAUCCUGUUCUAGGGUGCUCCAACCAUCCCUCCUCCUGCCUUCCCUCUAACCCACCCCCCCCCUGUUGCCAUGUGGUUACCGGUACAUGGUGUGAGGAGGGGGUGCUUCCCUCCAACCAUCCCUCCUCUUGGCACGUGCCAUGCACUGAUCAUUGCAGGCUGCAGCAAACAGGAUUUCCUGGUAGCAAGAGGAGCAGAGGGUGCGCAAGGGGCACGCCAAGUGGAUGCAGGCUGUUCCGAUGAGCCUCGGGUCGAAUGUUGUCCCUUGCCGCGAUGCUUGUACAGUCUAGCUUUGCAUCUGAUUUCUGCGGAUACUGACGGAUGAGGGUGAGCAGGGUCUCAGAUAUCAGACGAAAUCCGUCUGAUGGUCUGAAAAUCAGACCUGUUUUUUUGCUUUCAUCUGAUUUUUUGACGGGGUGAAUUAUUUCAUCUGAUUGUCCAUCUCAGUCAUAA